CAUCUCCUGCAGGACAGCAGCAGCAGCAGCGGGGCGCGGAGGCGGCGGAGGGUCGGAACCGGGAGUUUGGCUCAGUCCUGACCCAGCAUGGCCUCGCCGAGGACCGUCACCAUCGUAGCGCUCUCCUUCGCGCUCGGCCUGUUCUUCGUGUUUAUGGGGACGAUUAAGCUCACCCCGCGCCUCAGUAAAGACGCCUACAGCGAGAUGAAAAGGGCCUAUAAGAGUUAUGCUAAGGCCCUUCCAGGUCUGAAAAAGAUGGGUAUUACCUCUGUCCUCCUCCGCAAAAUCAUCGGUACCGUUGAAGUUGGAUGUGGAGUGGUUCUGACACUCGUACCAGGAAAACCAAAGGAUGUAGCCAACUUCCUGCUGCUGCUAGUCAUGCUGGCUGUGCUCUUCUUCCACCAACUGGUCGGAGAUCCUCUGAAACGCUACGCCCAUGCCCUGGUUUUUGGAAUUCUCCUGACCUGCCGACUGCUGAUCGCACGCCAGAGCGAGGACCGACCCGAGAGGGAGGAGAGACGAGAGGAGCAGAUCAAUGCUCAGGAAAAGAAUAAAGUCAAAGUAUCUUAGCUACCAUGUUUCUGACUGCAGUAGCUGCAUGAAGAGGCGUGAAUGUUUGUUUUCUGAUUAGCAGAUACGAUAUGGUGAUACAAAAAAAAAGACAGUAGCCACAAAAAGGUUUUUCCCCCAUCCUUUAUUCACAAAACAGUCCGUCCUAAAAUAUGUUUUUCUUGAUUUUUGGCCCUCUGUUAAUAAAACUACUAAAAAACAAACCAUAUCAGCGAAUUAUCUCCAUCAUGGCUGUUUUGAGCUCAGCUCAGCAGCAGAAAUCUGACUCUGAUUGCCCUUGUUAGCCCUGCUGUCAUUUUGUUUAACCUAAAAUUAUUUAACAAUAAUCUGUGAAAUGCCAUUAUUAAUGUGACACUAAUAUCAGCUGUAAAUGCAGAUUUAUUCCUACUGACUUGAUGAUUUGGGUUUUUGUUUUCAGCACACUGUAUUGAAGAUCUCUAUAUCUAUACAUACAUAUGGACAUUUAUACAUAUGCACACAUAAUACGUACAUAAUGGUUUCAUCACAAAUAUAAUUUCAACAAAAUAUCAUUAAUAAACACGUUACACAUCCUAGGAAAUGUUUUGACAGUGCAAAAAAAAAUCCUUCUGUCUUUGAUUUCUGUUUUUCUUCUAGUAUCAAACAGUAAGCUGUCUUUAUUGUAGUCCACCCGACUAUUCCAGUGCAUGAUAAUCCAGUGGUGACGCUAAACAAGGCGAACAACUGAAUAAUGAAACUGUAAUCUAGUGUGUUCAUUUCCCUGUGGUAUUUUUUGUCUGCAAGAUCUAUUGAUUUUUUUUAUUAGUACAGGUAUUAGGUUUUUUUUUACUGUUAUUUUUUGUAUUUUAAACAGGCAGUUCCACCCCUGCUACCUCCAUGCUUGUUUUACCAUAUUUAUUUGUCGUCACUUGUUAAGGAUUGUCCAAAUAAAAGAUGACUUGAACCUAAA